AUGCAAACACACCUCCUCAUCAUAGGAGCUAGCUUGCUUCUCUUUAUUCAUCUAACCAACACGCUCAUCAUCAAACCCCUCCGCAACUACCUCAAAAGCCGUCAACUAGGAUGUGGUCCCGUCCCCGUCGAGCCCUACCACCUCCCCUUCGGAAUCGACACCAUCCGCCGCAGUCUCCUCGCCGACCGCGAGCAACGCACUCCCGAUUUCGUCUUCUCGCGCUUCAUGGCCAUGAACCGGUACACAUGGGCUAUAUCACUACUUGGCACAACCAAUCUGAUCACGGCCGAGCCACGCAACAUCCAAGCCCUACUCGCCACGCAAUUCGACGACUUCAUCAUGGGUACAGCUCGACGCACGAAUUUGAAACGGGCGCUGGGGCGCAGCAUUUUUGCUGUUGAUGGGGUGGCUUGGCAUAGGGCGAGGGAGACUAUGCGGCCGCUUUUUAGUAGGGAGAACGUGAGUCGGCUGGAGGUGUUGGAGGGGCAUGUGGGGAGUUUGUUACGAGUUAUCGAGGGGAAAGAGGGGGGAUUGAGGGUUGAUGAGGAGGGGAGGGCGUGGUCGGCGCCGGUCAGUUUGGCGGCCUUGUUACCGAAGCUGACGAUGGAUUCGGCGACAGAGUUCUUCUUGGGGAUGAGUACGGGGUCGCUCGAUAAGUUGCUUGAGGAGCAGCGACAGGAGAAGGAAGGCGACGAGAAUCAUGGAGAAGAAAGCUUCGACCACGCAUUCGAGCGUAUGCUCUCCAUCCUCGGAACCAGAAUGCGUCUUCGCAGCUUCUACUGGCUCUACGGCAACACCGAACUAAAUAAAUGCAUCAACACUCUCCACGCCUUCGUCGACCGCGCAAUCGACGCCGCAGACCAAGCGAGAAAACAAGGUUCUUCAUCCCUCCGCUACGACUUCCUCGAAACACUGCGAUCGCGCUGUUCCGACCGCGCUGAAGUCCGCGAGCAAGUUCUCGGUCUGCUAGCCGCAGGUCGAGAUACGACAGCAUCACUCACAUCAUGGGUUUUCUACUGCUUAGUAAGAAACCCACGCGUAUACAAAAAGCUACGUGAAAUCAUUCUCGCGGAAUUUGGAUCUUACACGAGUACUACGCCUGGACAGAGUAUCACGUUUGAGAAACUCAAGAGCUGCACGUAUCUACAACAUGUUCUGAACGAAACACUACGAUUACAUUCAGUAGUCCCGUUCAACUCCCGUUGCGCCAUCCGCGACACUGCCCUGCCCACCGGCGGCGGUCCCUCCGGCACACUCCCCAUCUUCGUGCCCGCGGGCACAGAAGUAAACUUCAGCACGCACGUCCUGCACCACCGAAAAGAUCUCUGGGGCGAAGACGCCGAUGAAUUCAUACCUGAACGCUGGGAGAAGAGGAGACCGGGGUCAACUUGGCAGUAUGUGCCGUUUAAUGGUGGACCGCGCAUUUGCAUCGGGCAGCAGUUUGCGCUUACGGAGGCGGGUUUCGUGAUUGUGAGGUUGGUGCAGAGGUUUGAUGUUAUUGAGGGGUUGGAUGUGGAUUUAGAGAGGGACUGGCAUAAUUUUACGGUUGUUUGUAGCCCGGGGAGUCCGGUGAAGAGGGAGGAGGCGGUGUUGUGUAGGUUGAGGGUUGCUGUUGAGUAG